AUGUUAGUUCACGGAUCUGCUAAGCAAGUUUCAGAAGUUCCAAAAGAGAUGAUCUCAUGGAUGAUGAUAAGGAUGCUUACGUUGGGAAUGAGUGUUGUAGAACUUGAUGGAGACUAUGUGAACCUCCUCAAGGAUCUCUACCAGAAACCUGUCAUUCCGAUUGGUUUACUACCUCCUCGUCUGCAGGGUAUAUUGGGUAGUAGCGACUCAUCUGGUGAUUCAAGCAAGCAUUCGAAUUCCGAAAUGUUCCACUGGUUGGACAGACAACAACCAAAAACUGUUGUUUAUGUAUCAUUUGGAAGUGAAUACAAAAUGAGUGUAGAUGAAAUUCAUGAGCUAGCAUUUGCAUUGGAAACUUCCAAGUUACCGUUCUUGUGGGUACUUAGGAAACCAGAAGGAAUUGAUCAAUCAAGUCUACUACCAUCUGGUUUUGAGGAUAGAAUCAGGGGCAGAGGUUUUAUGUGUUUUGGAUGGAUCUCUCAAGUAAAGGUUUUAUCUCAUACUGCAAUUGGAGGGAGUUUGUGUCACUGUGGCUCGAGUUCCAUUUCUGAGAAUCUCUUCUUCGGACAUAGCCAGAUCCUAAUGCCAAUGAUCCUUGACCAGGGAAUAAAUGCUAAGUUCUUAGCUGAGAAAGGACUUGGCUUUGAAGUUGAAAGAAAUGAAGACGGUUCUUUUACCAGAGACGCGGUGAAAAAAGCAAUGAGAAUUGUGAUGGUAGAGCCAGAGGGACAACAAUUGCGACAGAAGGCAGCUGAGAUGAGCAAAAACAUUUUCUCAAACCAUGAGCUCCAUGAGGAUUACGUACGCAAAUUCAUUUCUUCCUUAGGCCAGUUGCUAGGUAAGUAA